UUUGUUACUUAUAAUUGUCAGUUCUUGAACUUUAUGGAGUACUUAACCUCUCGAAAUGAUCGAUCACUAUUAAUGGGUAUCACGAGUUUAGGAGAGUUUUCCGGAACCAAUAUCCGGCCCUGUACUUUCCGGCUACUUUUAUUCAACUCUGAAAAAGGAAAAGAAAAAAAAAAGAUAAAGGAAAAAAAGUCAAUUAAACCACAAGCAACCCUAUUUCUAUGCUUAGCGAGGGGAAAAAAUUGUUGGAUCGAUUUAUUCUUAAAUGUUCCUAACCCUUUUGAGCGCAGGCGCAUUUCGAACCAAAACAGUGAGUUCGAUGUUUAUUCCAAACGGUCACCAGCAGUGGUUAGAAGUGGUGCGCAUGACCAGAAUAUUUCUAGGAGAACAUUUUCAUCCUCAUCUUCAUCUUCAGCAUCAUUUAUUACUGGAUUUAAAACUUUUAUCGAAAAAUUCUGCACCACCCUAUCAGCUUUUGUGCUUCGGAUUCAGAUAUCUUUGUGAUAUAUCCUAAAAGAAUGAAUAAUAUGUCUUAAGAUUUAGGAUACUUUUUUCUUUGGAUACCUGAACAAAUUUGGUACUAAAAGGAACAGGUGUUAUUUUAUUUUGCUGAGAGGUAAGGAAAUCAAGCGAGGUUAAAAAUGGCUCUCAGCUGUGGUGCCAAAUGUGCCAAAGGUGUACUCAUCGCUUUCAAUCUUAUAUUCUGGCUUUCAGGAUGUGCCCUGAUAGCCUUCGGUAUUUAUAUGCUCAUAGAAGAAGAGAAGACUACUCUCUUCAGAUUAUUCAGUACAGACGACUACUACAAGUACUCAAAUCUGCAGUACCUGUCAUUUGCUCUCAUCUUAAUCGGCGGAUUAGUCUUCAUCGUCGGAUUCUUUGGAUGUUGUGGUGCUAUGCAGGAAAACAAGUGCAUGCUGGUUGUGUACUUCCUUUUCCUGUUUAUAAUUCUUGCUGCUGAACUGGCUGUUGGAGUGUUAGCGAUUCUGUUCCAAGAUAAGGAGAUGAAUGAAAUGGAAGGUAAACUGAAAGAAAAACUUAAACAAAAAUAUGGUUCUGAGAUUCAAUUUACACAAGCUGUGGAUUUCGCUCAAACAAAGUUCAACUGCUGCGGCGUAAGAGAUGGGGGUGAUUAUUCUGACAGCAUAUGGAAACAGAGGAGUGAAGGGAGGAAUGUCAGUCCCACUUGUUGCACCCUCAAGAAUGCUAAACAGGCAGACGCUUAUCUUAACCCUCAACCCCUCAACGAGAGUUUAUGUCAGAAGGAGGACUCCAAUUCUCAAUACAGGCACCAGACUGGUUGUAAAAUGAAACUUGAAGGAUUUUUCAGAAAUGAAAGUAUGCUGUUCAUUGCCAUUGGAUGUGGUGUCGCAGUACUAGAGAUAUUCGGGAUGAUAUUCUCUGUUUGUUUAUGCCGGGAAAUAUGAAGAUCUCGUGUAGGACAUCUAUUUUUCAUCUAUUAUUUACUUUUCGCUCUCUCUCUCUCUCUCUCUAAUAAGUUGGCUCAUUCUAGUCAUUCCUUUUCAGUUUUCCUUCCUCUCCUCCCACUCCUUUGGUGUUUCAACUCUUCCGUUGUUGAUUGAUGCUGCAGUUGAUUUUCAAUAUCUCACCAAAACAUUUUCAUGUAACACAUUUCAAAGAACAACAAUGAGUGAAUCAAAAUUAACUUAAGUUAUAUCGUAAAUGGUUGAGGAAGAAAAGAAGCUGAAAAAUGCUUAAUGAAGAAUAAUAUUUAAUGUUGUUUUAAAAAAAAGAAAUUUAUAUUUAACUUCUAAAAAGGAAACUACCUGAAGUGUCACACGAAAGCAUAGAGAAAUACGAGUUUCUAUUCUAAUGCUAUAUCGUGUAAAAAUGGCGACGCUUUUUACUUCUUUCUUAUUUAAGCGUAUCAUAAAAGCAACAAACCUAAUGGGUUUAGCAGCACACCCCUGUCAUAAAAAUAGUUUCAAAACCGAUAAAUGCAUCGUUUUCUUUUAACUAUAUUGAAUUUAUAAUUUUUUAAUCGUUUGUUAUUUAUUUCACUUCAUUUCUAUUCGUGAUCGCAACGCUCGAAUACGUUAUAUGGGAAGGAAGACCCGUUCCAUGUUUUGACCCUACCCUUCCCACUCCUCCUCUUCUCAGUUGUGUAGGAAUGUACUACGAUAUUUUCCCCUUUCUUAAUAUUUUUCCUAUUUAAUUGUCAAAAAUAUUUUUAAAACUUCCAUGAUACUUUUUUUCUUAGAACUAUGUUCAAUGCAGUUUUCAGUUUCAUAUAGUUUCCUAACUUAAAAGUUUUUACUCCGCUUGAAAAUCAAGACAGAUUUUUACUUUCUUGCUGCCAUAAGUCAACAGGGCCUCUAUUGACUGAUUGCAUAAUGUUUAAGUAACCAUUCUUGCAUUGAUACCAAGAUUUUAAGGAAAUGGUACAUGAAUUGCAUUGAUAUUUCUGCAUUCCUAAAAAACACAUAUGUGAAACAAUUGUUUUAAGUAUGCAUUAUUUGCAUAUGUUUUGAUGUUAAAAACCAAUUAAAUUACAUUAGAAAAGUAUAAUAAAAGCGCACGU